GAAUCUAGGUAGGUAAGUAGAUAGAUAGAAGGUACUCUUGUCCCGGAGUGGAUUUGAAAGAGUCGCGCUUGCACCGCAGCGCCUCUCCUUUUCCUUCCCUCCAGUGCAGCCCGGGAGCAACGGGACCCGGGCGGGCGAAAUCCUCCCCUUUUCCCCCACGAUCCCUUGCCGAUAGACCCAAACUUCGAAGCAAAAGGCCCACCUAAAGCAGGCAGCUUCCUUUGGUGCCAAGCAAGAGGCACUCCAAUCGUGCAGGGAGGGGAAUAGGAGGAGAGGAACCGAAAUGCAGGGCUGCAGCACAGAGCAAGAGCAUCAUCGGGGGGGAAACUAAACUUCUCCUGCUGGAGGAUUGGUAGCCAGAGGAAGAGGAGGAGAGAUUAGUAGCCAGAGUAGGAGGGAAGGAGAAAGAUAGGCUGGGCUUAGCUUUGCCCCCAUUUCGCCCCGCCCGUGGAUGCGCUGCCCCCGGGACCCCGUCCAGAGGGGCGGGGGGCCCGGAGGAGGAGGAGGAGGAAAAAGGAGACGGAGAAGGAGAGAAAACUCUUCCCAAGGGGACCCGCGACGGACAUUACCUUAGAGAGGGGCUGGCAAAUCCCUUUGAGGGUCUUUCAAGCGUGGAUCGCCUGGCAAGGAUGCGGCGCCGAGCGGGAGCCUCGUCAGCCAAGGCACGAUACUCAGCUGAAAGAUCUGGUCAGCUUGCUCCUCCCAUGUGGUUGGAUUGGGAUAUCUGACUGUGAGAUGAUGGGCUGGAAGGAAUGCAGGCCUCAAGCAGAUGUUCCUACAAAUGUUCCUUGAAGCUGCAAGAAGAGGACCAGUGAAAAUGUUUGCAAAGCUCCAGGUGCUUGUGCUGGCUUUGUUGUCCAAAGGAGUCUUCCUUACUCUGGGCGACCACAACUUUAUCAGGAAAGAAGUUAAAUUUGAAGGAGAUCUGGUUUUAGGGGGUCUGUUUCCAAUUAAGGAAAAAGGAACAGGUGCAGAAGAAUGUGGCAGGAUCAAUGAAGACCGAGGUAUCCAGCGCCUGGAGGCGAUGUUGUUUGCAAUUGAUGAGAUCAAUAAAGACAGUCACUUGCUCCCAGGAAUUAAACUUGGAGUGCAUAUUUUGGAUAGUUGCUCACGGGACACGUAUGCAUUAGAGCAGUCACUGGAGUUUGUCAAGGCUUCUUUGACUAAAGUGGAUGAAGCAGAAUACAUGUGUCCUGAUGGGUCAUAUGCGAUUCAAGAAAACAUCCCGUUGCUCAUUGCAGGUGUUAUUGGAGGUUCUUACAGCAGUGUUUCCAUACAGGUUGCAAAUUUACUUAGACUCUUCCAGAUUCCUCAGAUAAGCUAUGCCUCUACCAGUGCUAAGCUGAGUGACAAGUCUCGGUAUGACUAUUUUGCACGGACCGUACCACCCGACUUCUAUCAAGCAAAAGCAAUGGCUGAGAUCCUGAGAUUCUUUAAUUGGACCUAUGUUUCAACAGUUGCCUCUGAAGGAGACUAUGGGGAAACGGGGAUUGAGGCCUUUGAACAAGAGGCUCGCCUCCGAAACAUAUGUAUUGCAACGUCUGAGAAAGUUGGCCGCUCCAAUAUCCGAAAAUCUUAUGACAGCGUUAUCAGAGAGCUACUCCAGAAACCCAAUGCGAAAAUUGUUGUGCUCUUCAUGCGCAGUGAUGACUCUCGGGAACUAAUCGCUGCAGCUAACCGGUUUAACGUUUCAUUUACUUGGGUUGCCAGUGAUGGCUGGGGGGCCCAAGAGAGUGUUGUGAAGGGCAAUGAGCAUGUGGCAUAUGGUGCAAUAACCCUAGAGCUUGCUUCCCACCCAGUGAAAGAGUUUGAUCGAUAUUUCCAAAGCCUUACCCCUGAGACUAACCAUCGCAACCCUUGGUUCAAGGAUUUUUGGGAGCAGAAAUUUCAGUGUACCCUUCCGACCAGGAAAUCCCACAGAAAACUUUGUGACAAAGGUUUAUCUAUUAACAGUUCCAACUAUGAACAAGAGUCUAAGAUCAUGUUCGUUGUAAAUGCAGUAUAUGCAAUGGCUCAUGCCUUGCACAAAAUGCAGCGGACAAUGUGCCCGAACACUACUAAACUCUGCGAUGCCAUGAAACAUGUGGAUGGCAAGAAGCUCUACAAAGACUACCUACUGAAAGUCAACUUUACAGGUGAAAUGUUGGAGUGCAUGCACAGCAUGAGAGCUACAUGAGGCCCCAGGGCCACCCUGGAGUUGUGACAAGUCCAAGUAAUCCAACCAGCAUCUAAAAUCCAAAGGCCUUCCUUAACAAGAAGGUUUGAACUCUAUGGCAGAAACCUACAAGAAGAAGACCAAUUUCCAUAAUUGUAACAAAUGAUAAUUUUAUUCCUCCAGAACCUUCUCUAUGUGGCUUCUCUGAUUUCUGAAUACAAGUGCAAUGCAUGUCUCUCUUUGUUGUUGCUUGCUUUUAUUAUUCUGUCCACAAAUUGUAUAACUGGUCUAUUGCUGUCUGGUGUCUCACCAGGGAGCAAUUUUGCAAAUGAGCCUUAUGAAAUAUUCAAGAAACUAGGUCCCAACAAAUCUGCAUAAUAGGGGGAUUCAGGUGUUGGAUUAACUAGCUUGGACAAUUUAUUACAGAUCAUUUUUGCCUGUUGAUUUCGGGUUGCAAGGUAAUCAAUAUUUCACAACACAGGGCAACCUGCAGGGCAGACUGCAAUGAUGAGAUCUAUUGAUUCAGUAUGCUGACAGCAUUUGACAUUACCUGUAAUUUGAUGAUGAAUUGGUUCUAACCACUUCUACCCCCUAAUCCUGCUCAUUUUAUACAUACAGAAGUUCCAUCAAUCUUAAAGAAUCCUAUAUAUCAGUACAUAUGUAUGAGUACAUGUGAACUUAUCAUUUUCCAUACAAAUACAAAAUAUAGGAAGGCAUUAUUUCAUGCUAAUAUUACCUACUUCGUAGUAAAUAUAUAUAUGAAAUAUAGCACAAAGUCACUGAAUUUCUCAUUAGCAUUAUAAUUGUAAUUUAGUCUUGGAAAAUAUACACCACUUGUUAAUAUGAACGCAUCUGUAAGUAAAAAUUACUUUCAAGCAAACGGUUCAAGAAACAUUACUCAAGGUGACUGUACUUUUAGCUACAAAUAAAUAUAACUAAGGUUGACCUAUUUCUUAGAGCUAUUUUCUAUCAUAUUUUGUAAUAGCCAUUUGAUGAAAGUCAAAGCCUGUUAUAUGCUCAGGAACUACAAUGACCUUAAGAUGCAAAAGUCUAGUGCUGUAAAUACCAUACCUAAUAGCUUUCUCUAACUCAGAAAUGAGUUUUACAUGUAUUUAAUCAGUGGCCAGUCAGGAACAGUGUUUGACCAGCAGUUUAUUUGGUUGCUCUUAAACCAUGACUACUGCAUUUACUGCUUGUCAUGAAAAGUGAAAUUCGAAACAAUGAAGAGUUGAUAAUAAAGUGCCAUAACAUUUCACUGCUAAUCUGUGCAUAGCUUUAGAUUGUGGCAACAAAUGGAAACUUGCAACAAAAUAUUACAAUGCAUCACCAGCCUAUAGCAGGAAUAUUUGUAAUGAGCCUGUUUUCAGUCCAUGGAGCCUCCAGUGGCCUAGGGGAUAAAAGCCUUGUGACUUGAAGGUUGGGUUGCUGACCUGAAAGCUGCCAGGUUCGAAUCCCACCCGGGGAGAGCGCGGAUGAGGUCCCUCUAUCAGCUCCAGCUCCAUGUGGGGACAUGAGAGAAGCCUCCCACAAGGAUGGUAAAACAUCAAAACAUCCGGGCGUCCCCUGGGCAACGUCCUUGCAGACGGCCAAUUCUCUCACUCCAGAAGCAACUCAGGUUGCUCCUGACACGAAAAAAAAAAAAACUUUCACAGACAGAAGUAACAUUUCAUUGCUGUUUCAGACAGUUAUGUUUCCUCUAAGGUGUGUAUACGUGACUGCAUUGCACAUAUUUGGGCAAUUUCCUCUUAAAAUUAGUCAUUUUCUUCUGAAAUGUUUGUAAAUAUCUUCUUUGGUUUCAGAGGUAAAUUAUAAGAACUUUUGUUGUUGUUGUUAGUCUUUGCACAAUUUGCCUUAUGGAAUGCCUUGCCGCCCUAUAUGAGAGCCAUGUGUGAGUUAGGGCCUUUUACCCUAGCACUCAAGACCUGGCUCUUUACUAGAGCUUUUAAUCUAUGUUAAUUUUAUUAAUAUUUUUAUGUAUGUAUUUUUAUCCUUUACAAUUUUAUCUUGUAAAUCGCCUAGAGCAUCGUGGAUGGAGGGCGAUUAAUAAGUAAUUAAAUGAUGAUGAUGAUGAUGAUGAUGAAUUUAACCUGUGCUUUGCAGUAAAAACAAACAAUAUUUGCAUUGGGUUGUUGUAUGUCUUUCGGGCUGUGUGGCCAUGUUCCAGAAGUAUUCCCCAGGAGAGAAUACUUCUGGAACAUGGACACACAGCCCGGAAGACAUACAACAACCCUGUGAUCCCGGCCAUGAAAGCCUUCGACAACACAAUAUUUGCAUUUUUUUUACUAUAUACAGAAAAUUCUGCAGUUUUCUGAGAAAAGAUUACCCACCUAUUUAGAUUGUUUUUCCACUAUAUACUUGGGAGAAGUAUGCAAACAGCAAGCCUAAAUUGCAUACUGUAUCCCUAUAUACACAACAUUGUGAUUAGACAUUGUAUGUCCAGGCUUUUCUGCUCUAACCAUUGUGCAACCCAAAUGUUAUGUAGCAAGAAAAGAAACAUGGACUAAAUAGAACCGCAGCCUUUGUCACCUUGAAAAUUGAGCAAUUUUUUUCAUUGCUGAAAGCUGUUAUUCCAAACUUUUUUUAAAAAAUGAUUCUUGAUUUGUAUAAGGGAUGCCAUUUUACUAGACAAUUGUAUAUAAAGGGUCUGGAGCAUCCACAAAUUUUGCUAUCCACAGAAGGUCAUAGAAUGAAAGCCCAGGAUGCAAAGGGCCCACUGUAUUGACUUACUUUUCCUUCUCUACAAAUUUGAAGACCACUGAUAAGCAACAUUUAAUAAAUAUUUGAUGUAGCUUUAAAUCUUGAGAUAAGUCUUGGUGGACCACAGCAACAAAAGACAAUUUAAGGGGGUUGAUGGUAAAGAAAAGAUUAGGAACAGGUUCUUAUUUUUAUGAGAGGUACAAUCAUCUAUGGGCACUUCCAGAUAGCGUCAAAAUCCACAUUUUUAAUCUAAGACAAAAAAAAUCCCAGGACCUGAUAGCAGGUCCACACACAGACCUGUCAGUCCCCGAAUAUGGUCCCUCGCUGUCGUAACAGCCUGCUGUAACAGAUCAAGAUGGAGAGCAGACAAACGACAUCAGGUGGAAUUUUUUUAUUAAAAAAAAAUCACUCAGUUAUGCCCUGGACCAUAUAUGCAUACAUGCAAAUAUCUUAAUAUAAACACAAGUAGAUUUGCAUGUGCGCAUAUGAGGUCCAGUGCAUAACAGAGAGAUUUUUUUUAAAAAAAUACUUCUGUCGGAUCUCUCUCUUCCCCCAAUUCUUAAUUCAACUUCUGUUUAAGAUUAUAAAGUGUAAAAUAAAAAGUUUCAGAGAGUUCUAAUUGCUCUCCAUUUGUGCUUUCUUUGAACCAUCUGUGUGUCCAUUUGACAGCCCAAUCCGCUGAUCAGCUGUUUCAGGUUUUUUUCAAAGCACAUGUACACUGAGGCAGUCUCCACAGGGAGAGGGAAGGAAAACAUGUGUUUUGCAUGACUGCAGGGAUAUACAGUUAUGCAAAUAUGAGCUUUUUUUCAGGCUGAAUCGGGUUGUAAUCCCACCUUUUUAACACGUGCCUUUUAGCUCUUAACCUGAUUCUUCCCAUAAUUUGGCUAAACAUCAUUUAGCCACCCCUCUCUUUUAACUUGGUUACUUCCAGGUUUUACAGCAUGUGUAGAAGGGCUUUAUGUUGUCUUGUGCUCCUUAAAAGAAAGCCAGGUUACAAAUGCAAUACUGCUCAUUGGCUUUUCAAUUUGAAUUCCAUAUGACUAACUGGCCACAUAUUCUGUAACAGGUGAUAGCCUAUAUGCAACAUCUCAAUGGUGAGCAACAUUUCUGUGUGUGGCUCACAUUGAAGGUUCGUGACUUGAAGGUUGGGUUGCUGACCUGAAAGCUGCCAGGUUCGAAUCCCACCCGGGGAGAGCGCAGAUGAGCUCCCUCUUUCAGCUCCAGCUCCAUGCGGGGAGAUGAGAGAAGCCUCCCACAAGGAUGGUAAAGCAUCAAAACAUCCGGGCGUCCCCUGGACAACGUACUUGCAGAUGGCCAAUUCUCUCACUCCAGAAGCAACUCCGGUUGCUCCUGACACACACAAAAAAUGAAAUGCUGGGGAAGGCAUUUUUCUAUGGUACUACCAGCCCCCAGAUGGCGUAGUGGACUAAGUGACUUGAAGGUUGGGUUGCUGACCUGAAAGCUGCCAGGUUCGAAUCCCACCUGGGGAGAGUGUGGAUGAGCUCCCUCUAUCAGCUCCAGCUCCAUUCGGGGACAUGAGAGAAGCCUCCCACAAGGAUGGUAAAAACAUCAAAAACAUCCGGGCGUCCCCUGGGCAACGUCCUUGCAGACGGCCAAUUCUCUCACUCCAGAAGCAACUCCGGUUGCUCCUGACAUGAAAAAAAAAAAUGGUACUACCGUAUCACUUCUCCCAAAUGCACCCAAUCAGGAUGAACAAUAAUGUGGAACACAUCUGACAUAAUUUCUCCUGACCUCUGGGUCUCUACUGACAGAGAGGAAGUUGCUGUGGAGUUCUUCACGUCUCUUGCCAUCCUUUCUAUAGAAGAAUCAGGUGAGAGAGGAAAGAAAGCUGACACAGAAACCCCACAGGCACAGAGCAGUACUGAAUAUUUAAAAGCUGUGUGAGAGAAUGCUACCUGCCCAUCUGUGUAGAAAGAAUAGAGUACAGAUGAACGAGGCUGGCAAGCAAAGAAUAGUAUGGCAAUUAUACCACUUUGCCAUUUUAUCAAUGCUCAAAUGAGGACUAUUAUAUGCAAAAAAUUUCAUAUGUCUCAGUUUUGGUGGGAAGAAAGAAGCUUACAAAGAUUCACCAGAAUUUCCAGCCCUGUGCCUUUUCUCAUCUCUAAACAAAACAACUCCUUCCCACACACAAAGAUGGAAAAAAACCCUCACUAUCAUCUCUUUGACAACUCACUGCUCUACCUGUCCUCCCUAAUGUUGACUGCGUCAUUGCUGGUUAGCAUCUUUGUUUCUUUUCUUGACAUUUCCUUGGAUUUCAGGCAAACUUCUGGCUGUCUCCUGAUUUAGAUUGCUAGACUUAAAAAUAGCACCAAUGGGCAUUUGUAGUUAUUUGUCUUUGUAAUUCAUUCAGCAGAGACAGUGAGCUUAACCCAGGGUGUUCAAUCAUCAAGACAAUAUUCACAUGCAUUAGGGUGCUUUUUAAUUGGGUUGUUGUUGCUACUUCUGUUGCUGUUAACUGCUUCUGUUAUCAGGUGGCUAUGCUAAAACUAUUUUCAGAAAUUGCUGCAGGUGUAAACAUUAGGGCUGUGCAAAAAAAGAUUUGUGGGCCAUAAGUGUGAUUCGUUAAAUCUGUAUUUAUGAUUCUAGAGGAGAGAGUAGCUCUAGGUGAUUGCAGCCACAGGGAAUAACCCCUGAGCGGUACUCUCCUCCCUCCCUCCCUCUACCCACAGGAGGCUGAGAGUAGACAUGUCUGCCCUGGAACUAGCAUGCUGCCGGCCCUCCUGCUUUUUCUGCUCCUGACCUUGGGAUGAACAGAAGGAUGCCCUGCCGGAAGAGAAAGCAGAGGAGGAGGCAGAGGGGGCAAGGGCAAGAACCAGCACCCGUCAAGCAUCUUGCUGCUGUUCAAAGCCUUAGUGAAGUGGGACAGCAGCCUCUCACAGGCAGCCAUGGCCGCCUUGUAGGCUUUGGGCAGCAAUGAGGUGCUUGGCAGGGCACUGUUCCUGCCCUUGUCCCUCCUCUUCUGCAUCCUCCUCUGGCAGGGUGUCCGUCUGUCCAUUCCGAGGUCAUGAGCAGGAAAAGCAGGAGCACAGGCAGCGUGCAGGGCUGCCGCCAGUUCUGGGGCAAACAUGCCUUGUCUCCUGUCAUCUCUUGGGCUCCUACAAGAAGAGAGAGGAGGUGCACCCACAGCUCCUCUCUCCUCUAGAAUCGUAAAUACAGAUUUAACAACUCACACUUAUAACCCACAAACAAUUUUUUGCGCAAUCCUAGUAAAAAUGAGAGUCAGUAAGAGAGGGAACCUAUAAAAACAACAUAACAGCAUUUGAAUCAGGACCAGGAUGGUUUCCCAACAUAGUUAAAUUAGCAGCUGGCAUCCUAUUCAGGUCCCAGUGUAGUACAGUAGUUUGAGCGUUGGACUAUGACUAUGGAGAUCACAAUUCAUUCCCUGCCUUGAGAUGAAAGCCCACUGGAUGACCUUGGGCAAGUGUGGCAAUGUCAAAAAGGGGCAAAACCUUUUAGAUCCCACCGCUGCCACCAAAUGUAAAGAACUCAGGCAGAGGGGAAUCUUUUUAUAAAUCCCACCUCUGACACCGAUUGUGGAGAAGGAUGAUGUUUCUAUUAAUUAAUUAUUAUAUAUUUUAUAUCCGCUGCCACCAGUUAUUAAACAUGUUUUUUAUUUAAAAGCUGCCACCAAAUUAUAGAUGUUUUAUAAUGCUGCCACCAAAUUACAAAGGGGAUUAUCAACUCUUGCCACCACUAUUGGAAGAUUUAGCUGCUGGCUACUUAGAGAGGAGACUUUUAUUUUUCUUCUUCUUUAUUCUUGAUGUGUGUAUAUAUGACAGGCUGAGAUGUUUGAGAGAACAAUAACAAGUUUGUUCAGGCACAAGCUUAAUGGUUACAAUAACUCUUCUUCUUGUUUGAGGCAUGUUACUGAACAGUUGCAAAACGAUAUUGAGGUGUUCCAAACUUUUUAAAACAUCAGUUCUUUCUCCACUAACAGACUACCUUAAAAUAAGCCACCAAACUUAUUUUAGACUGACUCAAAUAAACUCUUGAGCCUCCCUGAUUCUCCAACUGAGAAUCAGUCUUCACUGUAAUUCAUCCGAUUACAGACUACCUUAAAAUAAGUCGCCAAACUUAUUUUAUUCCUGAUACCCUAACUUAGGAUCAGCCUUCCCUGAGCUUCACCAGAGCCCAGACUAAAAUCAAUCUUCCCUGUAGUUCUCUGGCCACAGACACUGACUGACUGACUGAGUUUUCCCUCCAAAUUCUGCUGUCCCUUCAGCUAACCCAGUUGGCUCCGCCCCCUUCUCCAUGGCAACCAACUCUGACUGCUGAGUAACUGAAAUAUUAACCCUUUUUAAAACAGUUAAACAUGGCAUCUGUAAAUAAAAAAAUCACACUUCGUUACAGCAAGUAACACAUUCUCGGCCCCAGAAACCCCUGCGAUAGUUUUGCCGUAGAGAUGCUAUAAAUUGGAAUGCCUUGAAGGUGCACAGCAGUAACAAAUCCCAUUCAGAAGUGAUGAGAUCAUAAGCAAGAUUUACAAUCCCGCAACUGUUGGGAUUUGUGUUUAAGGUUUUUAACAACUGGAUGUGACAGGGAGGACUCCAAAGAAAGAAUUUUUGAAGCAUUGCAGAUUGGAGCAAUAGAAAAUGAUGCUUGUGGGGUGUAUUGAGGGAAGCAGUUGAUGCAAGAGCCCAGAGCUGACUGUUUCCAAUAUCCUACAACCAAAAGAGUUGUUUCACAGAAACCUAUUGGGUGGCACUUUACUGAUUGAAAAGAUAGAGUUUAGAGCAGGGGCAUCAUCAGAUGUAGGAACAAUGACAUUAUGUUGGCUGAUGCAGAAUCUCAGAGGUCACUGAAUUCAAUGAUCACUUUGUUUGCCUUUUUGAAAGAGUAGUUGCCCCCUUAAAACAAUUGCUCUCCAGCAUGAUAUUUUCCUAUCUUUCUAAGUGGAUUGCCAAGAAAGGCAAGGGCACCAUGAGAAAGGCUUGUGCUGGAGGUAACUUCUCUUUCAAUAGAAGUUGACUUCUGAAAUGAGAGACCCUUUGCAGAAGAGAGCAAAAUAUUUUUCCAUUACUAGUAUGGUGCUUAAAAUGUCACUGUGCUUUCAUAUGGCUCCCCACUUAGCAACAACUGUCUCAUGGAUGAUCAGUUUCUUUAUGACAUGGUGGUUGGGUGACACAUGUCGUGUUCCUUCCUGCUGUAUUCUAUAAGGUACUGCUAGGUUUUCAGGAUAAUAUUUCUAUUCAUCAGCAAUUCUUUCAGUAACAUCACAUUUUCAGUGUGAGCCAAGUGUUUUGGAAGCAACUAAAUAUGCCAUGUUUCCCCCCUAUCCAUACACUACCCAUGCUCUGUUUUGAAAACAAAAACAAAAGUCUUCCCCUUUCCUGGUAGGAUUUACUGGAUU